AUGGCCCGUAAGAUUCUCUGCGUGGCAGAGAAACCUGCCAUUGCCCGUGCCGUGGCCACGCACAUGUCCGGUGGUUCUUUCCAGACACAUGCGAUUCGCGGCAAUCAAUAUGUCAAGAACUAUGAGUUCGAAUUUAACUUCGGCGGUCCCUGGGGGAACUGCUCCGUGACCAUGACCAGUGUGAUUGGUCACCUCACCGGUCUGGAUUUCGAACGCCAGUACAAAGGCUGGAUGUCUUGUCCUCCUGGGUCUCUGUUUGAGGCACCAGUGCAGGAGUCUGUUGAUAAAGACAAGUUGCCAAUUGCAGAGAACAUUCGCAACCAAGCCAGAUACAGCAAGGCGCUGUUUAUCUGGACCGAUUGCGAUAGGGAGGGAGAACACAUUGGUUCUGAGGUCCGGAAUCAGGCAAGGUCCGGGAAUUCUCGAAUUGAAGUGAAGCGAGCCAAAUUCAGCAACACGGAGAGAGCUCACGUUCUUCGCGCCGCGAGGGAACCCGUCGAGCUAGAUGAAUUCCAAGCUAAUGCGGUGGCUGCCCGAAUCGAGCUUGACUUGAGGAUUGGCGCUGCUUUUACUCGUCUGCAGACUCUUCAGCUUCAGGCGGUUGCCGCAACAUUGAAAGAGAAAAUCAUCAGCUAUGGAUCAUGCCAGUUCCCUACGCUGGGUUUCGUUGUCGAUCGGUACUUACGAGUGAAAAACUUCAAGCCAGAAACAUUCUGGAGCAUCAAGGUCAUGCAUCAGCGAGAAGGGAAGAAGGUGAACUUCCUCUGGAAGCGUGUUCAUCUAUUUGAUCGCGCAGCUGUCACGAUGAUGCUGGAGCGAUGCCUAAUGGCCAAGGAAGCCAAGGUCACAAAAGUAAACCAGAAGCCCAAGAGCAAAUGGCGCCCCCUACCCUUGACAACUGUGGAUCUCCAGAUGAUGGGCAGUCGUUUUCUCCGCAUGGACAGCCAGACGAUUAUGAAAGUUGCCGAGGCGCUCUACACCAAGGGAUACAUCAGCUAUCCACGAACAGAGACAGAUCAAUUCGACAAGGCCAUUGACCUGAAGAAGCUGGUUGAGAAGCAGUAUCCCGAUGAUGCAUGGGGCCAAUAUGCCCGAGAACUCAUCGACGGAAAAUUCAGGACCCCUCGGUCUGGCCGUCAUAACGAUAAAGCCCAUCCACCCAUUCAUCCCGUGUGCUGGGUUUCGCAAAGCCAAUUAAACGCAAAUGAGAAGAAAGUAUAUGAAUUUGUGGUCCGGCGAUUCCUCGCUUGCUGCUCAGAGGACGCCAGAGGCCAUGGCACAGAGAUCGAAAUCCAAUAUGGCGAAGAGCUAUUCCAUGCCAAUGGCCUGAUCGUCUUGGAGAGGAACUAUCUCGACGUUUACGUCUACGAUAAAUGGGAGAGCAGCCAGCAGCUCCCCAACUUUGAGAAAGGAGAAACCUUUGAGCCCACCGAGGCGAAUAUUGCCGAAGGCAAGACCACGCCGCCGAGUUACCUGACAGAACCCGAACUCAUCGGCCUCAUGGAUGCCAACGGAAUUGGUACCGACGCAACCAUGGCAGAACACAUUGCAAAAAUCAAAGAGCGUGAAUACGUCGUCGUGCACCAGCGAGGUAGCGGCCGCAGUAAGGUUGAGGAACUCAUUCCGACCCGGCUGGGCAUUGCGCUUGUGGAAGGAUACGACAACGUUGUUGCGGGCCUUACAAAUAGCAUCUCCCUCAGCAAGCCUUUUCUUCGCAAGGAGAUGGAAUUGCGCAUGUUAGAGAUCUGUGCGGGUACCAAGACACGGCAGGAAGUGGUGCAGCAGAGUCUGGAUAUGUACCGAGAGGUCUUUAUUCAUACUCAGAGACGGAUUGAGAUGUUAAAAACAGCCUGCCGGAAAUAUCUAGUUGAAUGA